CGCCAUAUUACACAAGGCAUUGGGUAUACGCGAUUGCGGUAUGGCGUUCUCCAUGGUCAAAUUAUACAGCUGGUACAACGAAACUUAUGCGGAAAUCGGAGACUGCCGUACAAUCUGACCACGUUUUAAAGUUUGUGUAUGACAAAGAUGCGCAGUUUAUAAGAGGAAUUGUGCAAGCCUCCAUGCGAGACCGGAGCUACAGGUUACUAUUACUCUUGGUUCUAACUACACAGUUGAACAGAGUACCUGUGAAUGUGUACAUGGGAUGGACAAAUGUCACCAUAAAGCCAGCAUUCUUCUCUAUGGGUACAAAAAUGUCAGCAAAACUGAUGUACGCCAGAGUUGGAUUAAGCAUCCAGAGUGCGCCACCUCGUCAAACUAAGACGAUGGAAGAACUUUUUCCUGCACAUGACAGGUUUAUAAAUUACAGCAAUGCAUUGGAUACUAUCCCCCGAGCCGCCUGUGCCCACACUUGCAGUGCCUCUAGUUGAAGACCUCAUCUCUAGCCAGGAAAUUAUUUCUGCAGAGAAUCCAAUCGCUUGGAUGAAGCAAAAAUUAA